UCUCUGGUCAGGAGUGUUACCCUGUGUUACCCACUACCGGUAUCUUGGCUCUCGACGUUCUCUGGUGAUAACCCGGGGGCCCGGUUAACGCUAGCAGGAUUCAUCUCCACAACUCCACGAGUUCAAGACUCGUAUGCUGAUCCCUCCUGUGCUUUAUAAUAAGUCCCCAUGGGGCCCCCGCAUAUGGAAGUAAUAAUCCUCUGCACCCCAAACAAGCAUCGAUUCUGUUCGCAUAGCAGUCGGCCUCUCUCACCAUGGCUCGCAAGGAGACUGAAGCUGUCCGAAAUGUCCAGGAGUCCGAGGUCACUCGGCUUCUCAGGCUCGACAAGAAGCCAUGGUACCAAAAACCUAACCUGCGAUCCUUGUACUUCUGCCUCGUGCCUGCGGUGCUUGGCGUCGAGAUGACGAGCGGAUAUGACGGUUCCAUCCUCAACGAUUUCAACAACCCUCAAGGAGCCGUGCUUGGAGUUCUCAACGCCGCCUUCAGCAUCGGCGCUGUUCUCGCCCUUCCCGUGGUGCCAUAUGUGAACGAUCGGUUCGGACGGAAGCAUAGUAUCACCAUCGGUUCAGUCAUUAUCCUCAUUGGUGUUGUCCUCCAGACGGCAUCCGUACACAUUGCCAUGUUCCUCAUCUCGCGCCUUCUCCUCGGAAUGGGCAUCCCAUUCUGCAUCUCCGGCGCAUCACAGCUCAUUGCCGAAUUGGCCCACCCCCGCGAAGCCGGCGUCUUGAACGGUCUCUUCAACGAGUCUUGGUACGUCGGCGCCAUCCUCGCUGCCGGCACAACCCUGGGCACAUUCUCCAUGCCCAACGACUGGUCCUGGCGAAUCCCAUCUCUGGUGCAGAUCGCCCCAUCGCUGCUGCAGGUGACCUUCAUCUGGUUCAUCCCUGAGUCCCCGCGUUGGCUGCUGUCCAAAGACCGGGAUGAGGAGGCCUUCGACAUCCUGGUCAAGUACCACGCCGAGGGCAACCGCGAAGACCCCUUCGUCCUCGCCGAGUUCGCCGAGAUCCGGGACCGCGUCCGGCUCGAGAUGGACAACUCGAACCGCCGAUGGGUCGAGCUCCUGCAGACGCCGGGGAACAGGAAGAGGACCUUCAUCGCUGCCUGUGUUGGCUUGUUCAGCCAGUGGUCCGGGAAUGGUCUUGUUUCAUACUAUCUGGCCAAGGUCCUGCUCACCGUUGGCAUCAGCGAUAGGCGAACCCAGAACAUCAUCAACCUUGCUCUUUCGUGCUGGAACCUCGUGACCGGCGUCACCUUCGCGUUCCUCUCCAAGCGCAUCCCCCGGCGAACGCAGUACCUCAUCGCCUUCGGCGGCAUGACGGCCGUGUUUGCCGUGUGGACCGGCGUGAGCGCCAACUACGCGCAGACGGGCAACCACCAGGCCGCCGCCGCCGUCGUGGCCAUGAUCUUCAUCUACUACAUGUUCUACACCAUCAUGCACCCGCUCACCUACAUCUUCAUCACCGAGGUAUUCCCCUUCGUCCACCGCGCCAAGGGCGUCGGUCUCACCCAGACCUUCUCCCGCGCCGGCUCCGCGUUUAACCUGUUCGUCAACCCCAUCGGCCUCGGGAAUAUUGGUUGGAAGUUCUACCUCGUCUAUGUCGUCUGGCUUGCCAUCGAGACGACCAUCAUCUACUUUGUGUAUCCGGAAACCCAGGGACACACCCUCGAGGAGCUAGGAGACCAGGAGUACGACUUAUAA